CCCCAUGGCUACUCCUCUGCAUGCAUAUAUAUACCGAGCACGCUGGCAGGACUGUGACGACCCAGCAGGAGCACAGGACUGCGCGAUUUCCGGGGCUCGUUUGAGCAAACAGCACUAACCCCGCACCCCCCGCAUGCUUAGCAGAAUCCAAACCAGAUUCGCUUUUCGCUCUCGAGCUUUUUCUAUUCCUGCGCUACUCAUCUCUAUCAUGUUUGUAUCUUUACCCCUCGCCAUAUAUCUCUGAACCACUCCCCGUUAACCAACGCAGAAGGACUUAUUGCGGCGAUAUAGAGCGGGAGAAAGCGCGUCGUAAUGGACUCGGAGAAAUCGGCUGCACGAAGACGAGCGAGACUUUUGGGCGUCUUGUUGUUUGCUCUGUUCUUUGCCGCUGCAGCAGUCAUCUUCACAGGUCUUGUGCUCGGUACAGAUAUCCCGACUGAGAAACUACUAUCCCCCUCCGUCGCCAAGACACUAUGGAACCCCUCGAGCUCUCCGCCAGAUCCGACUGUGGUUCAUACGAAGCAUCUGGGAGGGACGCCGGGUUAUCAGGUACUAGAGCAUGUUUGGGUGGGCAAUGGUACGAUCUAUAUGUAUGCGCCGGAUAGGUCCAAGCUCCCAUCGAAGAGUAGAGCAGUCAGCGGAGAGACGGGGUGGGAGGUAUUCACGCAUCCGACAGGGGAGAGAAUAGAACAUGCGAAGAACGCUCUCAAGCUCGGAGGAACCACUAUAUUCGUCAACGACGGAGCCGAUACUUCUCAAUGGCACUACCUCUCCUCGUACUACCACCUCAUCGGCGAGAUCUUCCUGGGGAGCGUAGCGGCGAUAGCGUCUUUGCCGUCGAAAGUGGGGAUACCGCAAGUGGAUGCGAGGGACUGGGGGGAGAGGGUACCAGCGACGCCUGAGAGGUUUAUUAUUCCGUGGAAGGCGGCGGAGGGGUGGAGGGAUGAGGAGGGCUUGGGGGAGAUGGUGUUGAGGGGCAUCUUUGGGGACAAGUUUCUGGAACCACAUGACUGGGCAGCUUUGAGUGAUCCCAACAACGAGCAUAAUGGUUGGGUCUACUUGGAACGAGUCGUCAUUACCGACCGCUGGGCAUCCCAUCGGCACAACCCCCUCUCCGAAGCGCUCAACAAAAUGGCAGCAUCCGUCUUCGCCCUCCCCCACUCUCCCUUCUUCUUCACCCCCUCCCGCCUCACUCUCCUCCCUCACCUCGGCAUCAACUUCUCCCCCCACCGCCUCGCACCUUCGAAACUCUCAACAGGAGAAGGAGUGCCCAAGAUCGUGUACGUCGAUAGGCAGGGGACGGACAGGAAGCUUGAUGAUGAGAGUCAUAUGGGGAUAGCGGUGGUGUUGGCGGAGCUUGAUGCGCUGGGGCUGGCGAGGGUGGGGCAUAAGAAGAUGGAGAGGUUGACGCAUGUGGAGCAGGUUGAGGCUGUUGCGGAUGCUGAUAUAAUCAUUGGCGUGCAUGGGGAUAUGCUUACGCAUCAAUUGUGGAUGACGGAAGGCGGGGUCGUCAUCGAACUCUUCCCUCCGGACUCGUACCUCCCCGAAAACCAGAUUAUCGCCGACGUCUUGCACCACGAGUAUAUCCCGGUGUGGCAUGAUGUAGCGUUGACGAGAGAGGAGUGGGAGGGGUUGCCGAGGCAGCAUGGACAUGGGGCGUUGUAUGAUGGGACGGAGGUUACCGUGGAUAAGGCGUAUUUGCGUCUGCUGUUGGAGGAAGUCUUGCAGAGAAUGACGGAUGAGAGGGGAGCAUGAUUCUAUUGACAAAUUGUAGCCUUGUAACGUUUCUGAUAGAGUGGUAGAGUGGCAAGCGGCGUCAGAUUAUGGGUAGGGGUCAUCAAACAUUGUAUGAGGUAUCUUUAGCACGAUCGUAUCAGUGAGAGC